UGUGGCGUGGAUGAUAUGACAAAACUUUCUUAUCUGCAUGAACCAGGAGUAUUGCAGAAUUUGCGGAGUCGAUAUGACAUGAAUGAAAUUUAUACUUACACUGGGAGUAUCUUGAUUGCCGUGAACCCCUUCAAGCGGUUACCCCAUUUAUAUGCUAAAAGUGUGAUGGAACAGUACAAAGGAAUUGCACUUGGGGAGCUGCCCCCUCAUCCUUUUGCUAUUGCUGAUGCUGCUUACAGGCAGAUGAUUCAUGAGGGGAUAAGCCAGUCAAUUUUGGUAAGUGGAGAGAGUGGAGCGGGCAAGACAGAAAGCACAAAAAUGCUUAUGCAAUAUCUUGCAUAUAUGGGAGGACGAGCUGCAGCUGAGGGAAGGAGUGUGGAGCAGCAAGUCCUUGAGUCAAAUCCAGUUUUGGAAGCCUUUGGUAAUGCUAAGACAGUCAGAAACAACAACUCAAGUCGUUUCGGUAAGUUUGUAGAGCUCCAGUUUGAUAAAAGAGGGAGGAUAUCUGGUGCCGCCAUCAAAACAUAUCUGCUGGAACGAUCCCGUGUUUGUCAAGUUUCUGAUCCUGAGAGAAAUUACCACUGCUUCUAUUUGCUUUGUGCUGCACCACUGCAGGAUGUUGAAAAAUAUAAAGUAGGGAAUCCAAGGUCAUUUCAUUAUCUGAACCAAUCAAAUUUUUUUGAACUAGCUGGAGUGGAUGAGUCAGAGGAAUACCUGGCAACGAGGAGGGCCAUGGAUGUUGUUGGGAUAAGUCACGAUGAACAGGAUGCUAUUUUUAGAGUAGUGGCUGCAAUACUUCACUUGGGAAACAUUGAAUUUGCAAAAGGAACAGAAACUGAUGCUUCAGAACCUAAGGAUGAUAAGUCUCGGUUCCAUCUAAACAUUGCAGCUGAACUAUUCAUGUGUGAUGAGAAGUCCCUUGAGGACUCCAUGUGCAAACGUGUCAUGUUUACUCGUGAUGAGACCAUUACAAAGUCCCUUGAUCCAGAAGCUGCAGCUCUCAGUAGAGAUGCUUUAGCCAAGAUAGUUUACUCAAGAUUGUUUGAUUGGAUAGUGAACAAGAUCAAUAACUCUAUUGGCCAAGAUCCCGAUUCAACUCUCUCAAUUGGUGUUCUAGAUAUUUAUGGAUUUGAGAGUUUCAAGACAAACAGUUUUGAGCAAUUCUGCAUUAAUUUGACCAACGAAAAAUUGCAGCAACAUUUCAACCAGCAUGUUUUCAAGAUGGAGCAAGAAGAGUAUACCAAGGAGGAAAUUGACUGGAGUUACAUAGAGUUCAUUGAUAACCAAGAUAUUCUUGAUCUUAUAGAAAAGAAACCUGGGGGGAUCAUUGCUCUUCUUGAUGAGGCUUGUAUGUUCCCAAGAUCAACACAUGAGACCUUCGCUGAAAAGCUAUAUCAGACAUUUAAAGAUCAUAAGCGGUUCAGCAAGCCAAAGUUGUCUCGGACUGAUUUUACUGUUUGCCACUACGCUGGUGAUGUCACGUACCAAACUGAGUUCUUCUUGGAUAAGAACAAGGAUUAUGUAGUUCCAGAGCACCAAGCAACACUUAUUGCUUCAAGGUGCCACUUCGUUUCUGGCUUGUUUCCACCUUUACCUGAAGAUUCUUCUAAACAGACCAAGUUCUCCUCUAUUGGUGCUCGAUUUAAACAACAAUUGCAAUCAUUGCUUGAGACACUUAAUGCCACAGAGCCUCAUUACGUUCGUUGCGUGAAGCCAAAUAAUCUUUUGAAGCCAGAAAUUUUUGAGAAUCAAAAUGUACUCCAGCAGCUUCGUUGUGGGGGAGUUCUGGAGGCUAUUCGGAUCAGUUGUGCCGGCUUUCCUACUCGAAAACCAUUUGAUGAAUUCUUAAGUCGGUUUAAGGUCCUUGCUCCUGAAGUUCUAAGCGGAAGAAUUGAUGAGGUUGCUGCUUGCGGAAGACUUUUAGAGAAAUCUGGCCUCAAAGGUUAUCAGGUUGGUAAAACAAAAGUGUUUCUAAGAGCUGGUCAAAUGGCAGAACUAGACACUCGCCGAAAUGAGGUCCUUGGCAGGUCUGCUAUCAUAAUCCAGGGAAAAGUUCGCUCAUACUUUGCUCGAAAAAAGUUUGUGUUGUUACGAGUUUCGGCAAUCCAAGUCCAAGCUGUUUGUAGGGGCCAGAUUGAACGGGCUCUCUAUGAGUGCAUGAGGAGGGAAGCUGCCUGUCUGAGGAUCCAAAAAGAUGCACGCAAGUACAUUGCAAGGAGAUCUUAUGGAUUGCUGUGUGUCUCAGCUGUUUCCAUUCAAGCAGGACUGCGUGGCAUGGCUUCUCGAAAUGAGCUUCAAUUCAGAAAGCAAAAAACUGCAGCUAUCUUUAUCCAGAGUGAUUGGCGGAGAUACUUGAAACACCGGCAUUAUAGGAGGAUGAAGAAAGCAGCAGUUGUGUUGCAAUGUGCCUGGAGAGCUAAAAUGGCCCAUAAAGAACUGCGGAAGCUUAAGAUGGCAGCGAAAGAAACUGGAGCUCUCCAAGACGCCAAAAGCAAGCUGGAAAAGGAAGUUGAAGAGCUGACACAGAGACUAGAGGUGGAGAAGCGCAUGAGGGACAAUCUUGAGAAAGCUAAAACCCAGGAAACAAUGAAAUUACAGUCUGCAUUGGAAGAGAUGAGGCUUCAGCUUCAAGAAACUAAAGAGCUGCUCAAGAAGGAACGUGAGGCUGCCACAAAGAUCGUGGAACAAGAAUCUGUUAUACAAGAGGUCCAGGUUAUAGAUCAGGUGCAGGUCAACAAGCUUACAGCUGAAACUGAGCAGCUUAAGGUUCUUGUUAACUCAUUGGAAAAGAAAAUUGAUGAAACAGAGAAAAAAUAUGAGGAAACAAGCAAAAUAAGUGAGGAGCGAUUGAAGCAAGCGCUGGAUGCGGAGGCUAAGAUAAUCGAGUUGAAGCUUACAAUGCAAAGGCUUGAAGAGAAACUUUCCGAUAUAGAAGACCAGCAGAUUCUUCGGCAGCAAGCGUUACAUUUACCUACUGGAAGAACUUCAAGCCGUUUCACCCCUUCUGAAAACGGUCAUCAUGAACCACUGGCUGCAGUACCAUCAAGAAGGUUUGGUACCGAUUCUAUGAGAAGAUCCAAUGCUGGAGCACAAGGAAAAUGGUUUGGUACGGAUGUGGAUAUCCUAAUCAAAUGUGUCGGGCAAGAUCUAGGGUUCAGCGAAGGGAAACCAGUGGCAGCAUUUACCAUAUACAAAUGCCUACUUCAUUGGAAUUCCUUUGAAGCAGAAAAAACUAACGUAUUUGAUCGUCUUAUUCAUAUGAUUGGUUCUGCGAUAGAGGACGAGACAAACAAUAAUCACAUGGCUUAUUGGCUGUCCAACAGUGCAACAUUGCUGUUUUUACUUCAGCAUACACUGAAAACUACUGAUUCAGCUCCAAGUAAACCGCCCCAACCAACAUCAUUUUUUGGUAGAAUGGCGCAGAGUUUCCGGUCUUCUUCUGUCAACCUUGCAAUUGGUGGUCUCGACACUGUACGUAAGGUUGAAGCAAAGCAGCCAGCUUUACUUUUUAAGCUACAGCUCAGUGCUUAUGUCGAAAAAAUUUAUGGAAUUGUUCGAGAUAACUGGAAAAAGGACUUGUCUUCACUACUGACUUCAUGUAUCCAGGCAUCUCAAGUAUCAAAAGGCGGCUCCUUGCAAUCACCACGGAAGUCCGUUGAUGGUCCUUCCUCACCCACUCCCUGGGAUGGCGUAAUUGAGAGCCUAAAUGGGCUUGUCAGUACACUGAAAGAAAAUUAUGUUCAUCCAGUUUUCGUCCAGAGAAUUCUAAACCAGAUAUUCUCUUACAUAAAUGUUCAGCUUUUCAAUAGCCUUCUCCUUCAAAGAGAGUGUUGUACAUUCAGCAACGGGGAGUAUGUAAAAGCUGGAUUGCAAGAAAUAGAACUUUGGUGCGGCAAUAUAAAAGAAGAGUACGUUGGUUCUUCUUUGGAUGAAUUAAAGCAUGCGAGGCAGGCUGUAGGAUUUUUGGUUAUUAAUCAGAAGUCAAGACUUACAUCUGAAGAUCUAACAACUGAUCUCUGUCCCAUUCUGAGUAGUCAACAGUUGUAUCGGAUAUGUACACUUUACUGGGAUGAAGAUUUUAAUACUCAAGGUGUAUCCCAAGAGGUCAUUUCCAGUUUUAAGGAUCAAGAAAACCAAGACGCUAAUGAUUCAAAUGCAAAUGAUGCAGAUAACAACUUUACAUUGGAUGAUAAUUCGAGCAUCCCAAUCUCUGUUGAGGAGAUUAACAGUUCCCUCAAGGACGUUGAUUUUACCGGUGUAAAACCUGCAAAUGAACUGCUUGAAAAUGCAGCCUUCCAAUUUUUACGCGAAUAAGGCUGAGGUUUAUCUAGCAUGAAGUGCAUGUUUUGUUGGAAGCACGUUGUCCAAGUUUCCACACCAUGAAUAUCAACUAUUGUACAUCCAUCAACCCAUUCAUUUUCCCUCCGGAUGCAUCUUUUCGUUAUACUGUAAUAUCCAAUGCCCCUUGUAAAGUUGCUCAAAUGUAGUCUUCGUGUAAAAUUGUAGGUCUAGUUUAGAUAGGAGAUUAGGGGGGCAAAAGGGAGGAAGUUUUCCAAUUUAGAGCUUGUUCCAUUUAGUCUUUUGUCAUUCAUUUUUGUCCACUUUUAGAGUUGUCAUUAGCUAGAUUCUUUGUAACAAGGACUAAUUGGAGUACAAUAUUAUUGUAAGUUCAAAAAUGGCCAAUUCAGUGCCCCCUGAG